AUGCCUCCGAAGAAGACUGAAACCGCCGCGGCCAAGGCGAAGGCUGCCCAUGCCUCGUACCAGGAUAUGAUUACGGAUGCUAUUGUCUCGCUCAAGGACCGCAACGGAUCAAGCCGGCAAUCGCUGAAGAAGUAUGUCAAGGCGAACAACAGCCUGUCCGUUACGGACACUAUGUUCGAUUCCCUGUUCAACAAGGCGCUGCGGGCCGGCGUUGAGAAGGGCGUUUUCGAGCAGCCGAAGGGCGCUUCAGGCGGCACCAAGCUUGCCAAGAAGGCUGCCAAGCCAGCCCCGAAGAAGGAGGCCGACAAGGUGAAGAAGCCCGUUGCCAAGAAGGAGGUCAAGAAGCCCGCCCCCCCUAAGAAGGAGGCUACCCCUCCCAAGAAGGCUGCCGCCAAGAAGGAGGUGCCCGCUCCCAAGAAGGCUGCCCCGAAGAAGGAGGCUGCUGCUGUUGCUGCACCCGCUCCCGCUCCUGCUCCAGCCGCCGAGAAGCCAAAGGCCAAGCCGGCGACGAAGUCAGGCCGCGUCUCCAAGCCCGUUGCCAAGAAGGCUGCGGCACCGAAGAAGGCUGCGUCGAAGAAGGAAAAGUCUACUGAGUCGGCAUGA